AUGGGCUUCGACAAGACCGGGCUGCCGCCUUACAGUGCGGUUGUCGAUCAACCCCCACCACCAGCCCCGUGGGCCAGGCGGCAUAUUCGCAGGUCGAGGGCUGUCAGGAUCGUGAUACUAGCAUGUGUGGCCUUCAUUGUAUAUGCGCAAUGGACGCAGAUCCCCUCCGCUGCCCGCCGUGCGGCCAAUGCCAACAACCUGUCCAUAGAGAAGUUACAGGAUGAUAUGGCUACCUGCUCCAAGCUGCAUAGGAAGCCUCAGGAUCCAAUUGGCCUCGGACGGGAGCGCAAUGCCCGCUAUAUCGAUGGCCACAAGCCUACCCUCAUCCGCAAUGCCACCGUCUGGGUUGGCGAGCCAGCGGCAGGCACCGCUGCUGUGGACGCUCGAGCAGGCAAGGGAUUCUCGUGGAUCACAGCCGACGUGCUGCUAGAGUAUGGUCUCAUACAGAAGGUUGAAAAGGACAUUUCCUUGAAGACCAUCCCCAAGGACACCUUAAUAUGGAAUGCACAGGGUCGCCAGUUGACUACCGGCGUCAUCGACAUGCACAGUCACGCGGGCGUUGACUCGCUACCUGAUUUGGUCGGCAACUCCGACACCAACGAGCUUUCAGCGGACAUCACGCCGUACGUCCGGUCGAUAGACGGUAUUCAGCCUUUCGACCAGCAGAUUCAGGUCAUCAAGUCCGGAGGCGUCACCACCAGCUUGGUGCUGCCAGGGUCGGGUAACAACAUCGGAGGCGAGGCAUACGUCAUCAAACAUGCUGUUGGCAAGCCGGACGGCCGCUCUGAAGUGAGUGCUGAGGAUAUGUUGGCCGAUCCUGACCGCAAUUGGCGAUAUAUGAAGAUGGCUUGUGGUGAAAAUGCCAAACGAGUUUACGGCAAGGUUGGCGAGCAUGGUCCUUUUAGCCGACUCGGCGAGUCUUACGAGUUCCGACACGCCUUUGAGCAGGCUGCCAACCUCAUCCGUGUACAGGACGACUGGUGUAAUGUGGCAGCUACCAUCGGAGUCGAGAACAUGCAGACAUAUCUGCCCCAGGAGAUCAAGUGGGAGGCCCUAGGCGCCGCACUGAGAGGACAGGUCCAUAUCAACACCCACUGCUAUACGGUCCCAGACCUAGAGGCCUUUGUUGAUCAUACCAAUGAAUUCAAGUUCCCCAUACGGGCUUUUCAUCAUGCCCACCAGACGUACCUUGUUCCCGAAAUUCUGAAACGAGCAUGGGGAGGCGUAGCACCUGCAUCUGCGAUAUUUGCGACAAACAUGUAUUACAAGGCAGAGUCUUACAUUGGCUCUGAAUACGCAGGUAAAACCCUGUGGGAAGCUGGUUUGCUCCCAGUCUAUGUGAGCGACAACCCUGUACUAAAUGCGCAACAUGUCAUCUUCGAAGCAGCAAAGGGUUACAAAUUUGGUCUUCCUUACCACGCUGCACUCGCCAGCGUGACUAGCUUCCCCGCCGAGCUUCUCGGCCUAGGGCAGCGGCUCGGUAAGAUCAAGCCGGGCUACGAUGCUGAUAUUGUUGUCUGGGAUAGCGAUCCGCUCAGCGUUGGUGCUACCCCAGUUCAAGUCUGGAUAGACGGUACCGCUCAAUACGAAGACCCAAUUGAACUUGAGAAGCCCCUGACAUCACCGAUCACUCCGAAUCUCAACCUGAAUUCUACAAACGAUGAGCCUCACAGCUGCACAGAUGCUAUCUUCACGGGAAUCACCAGGAUUCUGCUCUCUGAUAGGGAUGAAGCCGUGGAGGCAGACGGGUCUAGAUUCAAUGUUGCCGUGAAAAAAGGCAAGAUCACCUGCAUCGGUAGUUGUGCUAAUGAAAUAUCGGUGGCCCAGCGUUCGAAUAUCCAGACGAUCCAGCUGGACAACGGCUACAUUACAGAGUCAUUCACUGCGUUCGGCUCCACGCUCGGGCUGAAUGAGAUAGAUGCAGAGACAAUUACAGACAACGGUCCGAACACGAAUGUCUUCAGCCGGGCCUUGGAGGGUCUGGCUCUGGAUACGAAGAAACUUAAGGUCGCCAAUGCCUUCGGGAUCACGAAGGCCAUUUCAGCUCCCAAGUUCACCGGAGGAGGCACCCAUCAUGGUACAAGUGUUGGCUUCCUCACCGGCGCCAUCAACGUUCUUGACGACGGCGCUGUCUUUGCCAAUGAUGUCGCUGUACACUACACCCUGACACCUAGCGCCAAGCGAGAAGGAACCCCAUCGUUGUCCAGCGUAGUUGGGUCACUGCGACACAAACUGCUCGAGGCUGUCACAUCCAACGAGACCAUCAGUGACCCGUACUCCGAGAAAGCUUAUCUAAGGAGGGUUGUCGAUGGAGAAAUCCCUCUAGCGUUGACCAUCCACAGUGCCGACAUGAUCGCUGCCGUCCUAAAGGUGAAGGAGCUAGUUGAGAGCGAAGCCAGCACUCGCAGCUUCGGUCCAAAGAUUCGCCUGAUCAUCAUUGGAGGCGCCGAGUCCUACGGCGUGGCCAAGGAGCUUGCAGCCGCCGAGGUUGGUGUUGUUCUCGCGCCGUUCCAAAGCUAUGCUACGAGCUGGGAUCAACGGCGAGCUCUUUCUGGUGCACCACUAACCAACGGAACUGCAAUUGAUUUGCUACUUGAUGCAGGCGUUGUCACCGCGAUUGGGCUCGAGGAAGAUUGGAUCAUUCGAGAUCUGGCGCUCCUGGCGGGCAAGGCGUACAAGAAUGGUGGCGGUCGUUUGAGCGAAAAGGGAGCACUCGCCUUGAUUUCGUCGAACAUCUACAAGAUGCUUGGCGUAUCUGAGCCCAAGGCCUUAGACGGAACCGGACACUUUGUCGUUUUUGAGGGCAGUCCAUUCGAUAUUGAUUCUCGAAUUAAGGCCGUGGGUGGUGAUGGUGCGCGGAUCUCCGUUUUCUAA